AUGGUCUCAUCUGUAGCGAUCAGCUCAGCCCUGGCUAUCGCCGCACUCAUCGCAUGGAAAGCCUUGGUCCCCAACUACAAAACAUCCUCGAAGUCAGGAAGAGAUGGCGAAAGUAAAUCAGUCCUUAUCACAGGCUAUUCUGAGGGAAGCAUCGGCGCCGCACUCGCCCACGCCUUUCACGCCCACGGCUACAUCGUCUUUGCGACUGCUCGCCGUAUUUCCAACAUCCCCGCACGCCUGCAAGAUUUGAGUCGCAUCCACGCACUAGAGCUCAACGUAACAGAUCAAACCUCGAUUAACCGAGCGGUGACAGAUAUCACUCGCCAUGUUGAUGGAAAAGGACUUGAUGUACUCGUCAACAGCGCAGGCACAAUGCUCAGCGGCCUUAAGCUAGUCCACGUUGACAUUGACCAAGUGGGGAAACAGUGCUUCGAAGUGAAUGUGUGGGGCCCGCUGCGCAUGAUGCAGGCCUUCUCUGCCUUGCUCGUCAAGGCCAGCGAGAAAGAUAAUGGAAACGCCACGGUGGUAAAUCUGGGCAGUAUCAUUGGCGAGAUCUGGUUUGCCUAUCAACCCCUGUACGCAGCUUCCAAAGCAGCUUUGCACACGAUAUCCGAGAGCAUGCGCCUCGAACUCGCGCCGUUUCGUAUCCGCGUUCUCGCCGUUGUAGUAGAUGCUGUACAGUCUAACCUCCAGCGAAAUCAGCCUCGCUUUCACGCAAAUUCAGACUCGUUCUACGCCCCGAUUCAAGAGAAGAUUCGAGAUUUUGUUGAGGGGGUUGUGCCGCACUCGGAAACGCCGACGGAAGAUUUUGCUGAGCAGGUUGUGCGAGAUGUAGAGAUGGGAAAGGAGGGUAAGGUGUGGAGGGGCCAGGGUGUGUGGUUGAUUUGGUUUCUCGGAACUAUCAUGCCUACAAGGGUUAGUGAUUGGGUGUUUAGUGCGAUGAAGGGUUUGAGUGGGCUCCGUCGAGUACGUGAGGCUAGUGGAAGUGGAACUAGGAAAGCUGGGUGGAGUGAGAAAUUGGAGAAAUGGCUAGAGGUUUUGGCCUAG